CCUAGUUACGUAGUUGGUGGAGUUCCGUCCAUAAAUUUGUGCUCACCGAGUAUUUAAAAGAGAGUCUACUCACCUAGUCUUGACGUGACAGCAGGUCAGAAGUGCCGUGAACAAACAGACAACUCAAUUCUUGAAGUAUAUCAGAAUCACAUCCAUUUAAAUACAUCGCUGCAACAGGUAAAGGCUCUCUUCAAAAAGAAAAAAAGACCAUAAUAAGGGAAGGAGAUAUCAUUGUCGUCGUUGUCGUUAUCGUCGCCGGGAACCGUCGCAACAAGGAUGGGAAAAUACGCUGCAGGGGCGAGGCCUCGAUUACUUCUCGGUCUACCGUUUCUAGCCUGCGUGCUGCUCUACGGAACUCUCGCGACUGCAAGGAGAUUGAAGAACUCGAUAUGCUACUUUUCGGACAGGGACGAACUGUUCAUUCACAACCACAGGCCGGUGUUCACUAAUUGCGCGAAAUACGCGCCAUUGGUGGAGGAGGGAGCGCAGAUCGGCACCUAUGUAUUUCAGGUGCACGCCGAGGACCCGGACCCGCCGGAAAAUGGAGGUACCGUCACGUACAAAUUCUUAUCUCCGCCUCCAGAGCGGUUGAAAUUCAAGAUCAAUAAUAUAACCGGCGAGAUCACGACGACCGAGUACAUGGACAGGGAUGAGCCUUUCAGAGAGAGGGAGUUCUAUCUCACGGUACUCGCCACCGACAACGGCAAGCCGGAGCUGCACAACAUAUGCAGAUUUAAGGUUACCAUCACAGACAUCAACGACAAUGAACCCAUCUUCGACAAAGUGACGUACACGGAAUCCGUGCCGCAAGACUUGCCCGUCAAUCACAAAGUCAUGAGAGUCUCCGCCGUCGACCUCGACGCCGGUGAAAAUGCCACUAUACAUUACUCUCUGGGGUCUAAGACAAUAGAUAAUUUGCGCUAUUUCCGGAUCGACCGCUGGAGCGGCGUCAUAUACCUCAAGAGACCUAUAGAUCGCGAUCCAGGUUAUAAAUUCAACCUGAUAGCCAUAGCGACGGACCUCGGCACGCCUACAUUGAUCACCCACGUUGAUCUUGAAAUACGUGUGGUGGAGCCGUACAAGGAGGCCCCAACUUUUCUAUCUUGGCCAACAGCACCGAUUGAGCUCUUUGAGAAUUUUAGCGAUUUUGAUGCCAGCAUCGUUCGUCUUAAAGCGGUUUCUAACGUCAACGACUCGAACAACUCGGAGAAUUCGUAUCUACACUUCGAAUUGGUCACCGGCACUACGGAACAGACUAACAAGGAAAAUACCUUUAGGUUGGAAUCGAAUAAUGACGUGGCGGACAUCAAGCUCUCCGAGCACCUCGAUUUCGAAAGAAAUAGGAUGUACUCGUUGAUAAUACGGGUGCAAAAUAAAAAUGAAUUAGCCGCCGAAAUUGUGGUUAAAAUCGAAGUUCUCGAAGUGAAGGACGACAUCCCACUUUUUAAUAUUGAGAAGAGAAGCAUAAUGGAUAACUAGCCGUAAGGAAUGCCUGUGAUUCGAGUGCAAGCUAUAAAUGCCAACGGGACCAGCGAUAACAAUCAGGGAAUCUUAGAGUGAUACACCAGUGCGCUGUCUAUCAUGCUACGUUACGCUUUCUUUCUCUAUUAAAAUUUAUGAGUAAUAUGUAUCUGAUUUGUAUGAAGCAUUUUCUCUUGAAUGUCGUUAAGGGAAGAAAACUGUCUGUAAGGUA